GUGCCACUGUAAAUGCUAAAGACCACGUUUGGUUGACCCCGCUGCACAGAGCGGCCGCUUCCAGGAAUGAAAGGGCCGUUGGGCUGCUGCUGCGUCGCGGUGCCGAGGCGACGGCGCGAGAUAAGUUCUGGCAGACUCCGCUGCACGUGGCGGCCGCGAACCGCUCGACGCGCUGCGCUGAGGCGCUGCUCGCUACGCUCAGCAACCUCAACAUGGCCGACAGAUACGGGAGGACGCCGCUGCACCACGCCGCGCAGAGCGGGUUCAUGGAGAUGGUGAAGCUGCUGCUGAACAAAGGGGCCAACCUGAGCGCCAUCGAUAAGAAGGAGAGACAGCCCAUCCAUUGUGCUGCUUACUUGGGGCAUUCGGAGGUGGUGAAGCUGCUGGUGUCUCGCUCUGCAGAUAAGAGCUGUAAGGAUAAGCAGGGCUACACUCCUCUGCACGCUGCUGCUGCCAGCGGACACCUGGACAUCGUGAAGUACCUGCUUAGGAUGGGCACAGAGAUUGGUGCGGUGUCGGAUGUGUUUGGGGAGAGAGCUGCAGAGGGGGGUGGAGGAGGAGGCUCCGCCCCCCCGGGCCCGUCGCUCGGCCCCGUGAGGUGGAGACAGGAAGUGAGCGUCAGAGGAGCGAAGGCAGCAGGAAGGAGUGUGGUGGUGGAGCAGGUGGGCGAGAUCGACGAGCCGAACGGCUUCGGGAACACGGCGCUUCACGUGGCGUGCUACACGGGGCAGGAGGCGGUGGCCAACGAGCUGGUGAACCACGGGGCCAACGUGAACCAGCCCAACCGCUGCGGGUACACCCCCUUGCACCUGGCCGCCGUCUCCACCAACGGAGCGCUGUGUCUGGAGCUGCUGGUCAACAACGGGGCCGACGUCAACCAGCAGAGCAAAAAAGGGAAGAGCCCCCUGCACAUGGCGGCCAUUCACGGACGCUUCACACGCUCCCAGAUCCUCAUCCAGAACGGCGGGGAGAUCGACUGCGUGGAUAAGUACGGCAACACUCCUCUCCACGUUGCUGCUAAGUACGGCCAUGAGCUUCUGAUCAGCACUCUGAUGACCAACGGAGCAGACACGGCCAGACGUGGGAUCCAUGGAAUGUUCCCUUUGCACUUAGCGGUGCUCUACGGGUUUUCAGACUGCUGUCGCAAGUUACUCUCCUCAGGUCAGCUGUACAGUAUCGUUUCCUCCAUGAGUAAGGAGCACGUUCUCUCCGCUGGGUUUGACAUAAACACCCCCGAUAACUUUGGGAGGACCUGUCUACACGCUGCUGCCUCCGGAGGAAAUGUUGAAUGUCUGAACUUGCUCUUAAGCAGCGGGACCGACUUGAAUAAGAGGGACAUAAUGGGAAGGACCCCGUUGCACUAUGCGGCUGCUAACGGGAGGUACCAGUGCACCGUGACGCUGGUGAGCGCCGGAGCUGAGGUGAACGAGCCGGACCAGACGGGCUGCACCCCCCUGCACUACUCCGCCGCCUCGCAGGCCUUCAGCAGAGUUGAUCGGCAUUUUUCUGCAAACCAUCAGAACGAUGAGGACGAAGCCAAGGAGUCGUACUUCUGCUUGGAGCACCUCCUGGAUAACGGGGCGGAUCCGUCCAUGGUGAACUCUAAGGGUUACAGCGCCGUUCACUACGCAGCGUAUCACGGGAACAAGCAGAACCUGGAGCUGCUCCUGGAGAUGUCCUUCAACGCACUCGGAGACAUAGAGAGCAGUAUUCCAGUCAGUCCUCUGCAUCUCGCUGCUGAUAAGGGUCACUGGCAGGCGCUGCGUGUCCUCACGGAGACGGCAGCGUACGUGGACAUGCAGGACGCCGCCGGGCGCUCUGUCCUCUACCUGGCGGCGCAGAAAGGGUUCCCGCGCUGCGUGGAGGUGCUGCUGGCUCAGGGAGCGUCCUGUCUGCUCAACGACACACAACUCAUGUGGACGCCCAUCCACGUCGCAGCUUCUAACGGCCACUCAGACUGCCUGCGGAUGAUGAUCGAUUACGGGGAGGAGGGGGACCUCACCAACGUGGCGGACAAAUUUGGCCAGACCCCUCUGAUGCUCGCCGUCCUGGGGGGUCACACUGACUGCGUCCACUUCCUGUUGGAGAAAGGAGCUCUGCCCGACGCCAAGGACAAGAGGGGCAGCACGGCUCUGCACAGAGGG